UGUAUUAUUCCACCAUGUUUCAUUGUUUUAGUAGGCCAGACUAUUGUUUUGGCUUCUAAAAAUCAAAAUGAAAUUGAAUCGGCGCCAUUUUAUUUUAAAGCCACACCUUUGUGAGUGGGCGUUCGAGUUCUCGGGUAUAAAUUUUGCGCCAAAGUUCGCCAAAUCAAAAUAUGAUCAAAGUGAGAAAAAUGGCACCAGAAGCAACUCUUGUGGUCCUGCUUUUAGCUACCCUAGCCUGCUCUAAUGGAGCUAAAAUUGUUCAGCCAGAUUUAUUGGAAGGUGACAUUAUGUUAACUUAUGAGCAGGAGAGCCUCAUGGAGACACUGACUGCCAUUGAUUCUGGUAGACCUGGUGACCCUCAACCCGCAGUUAUCACUUUAAAAUCGAGGAAAUGGAAUGAUGGCAUUGUUCCUUAUGUCAUUGAUGGGUCACUAGGCACUGAUGCAGUAACUGCUAUUAAUGAAGCUAUCUUUGACUACGAAAACGAGACUUGUGUUAAAUUCAUUCAACGCUCUAUCAAUGACACUGAUUACAUUAAAUUCUCUUAUGGAUCUGGUUGCUCUUCAUUCUUUGGUAAGAUUGGCGGUGAGCAGAUAAUAUACUUAGGGCCAGGUUGCUAUAGCAAAGGAGUAGUUAUACACGAGAUAUUCCAUGCACUUGGAAGAUGGCAUGAGCAUAGCAGAACUGACAGAGAUCUUAAAGUGAAAGUUCACCUUGACAAUGUUAUGCCAGGGCUUGAGAGGAAUUUUGAAAAGGUGAAUUCAUUUCUAUCUACAAAUCAGGGAGUCCCUUAUGACUUUGACUCUGUAAUGCAUUACGGCUCCAAUGCAUUCUCUAAAAAUGGCAAACAAACCAUCACACCAAUUGACAAGAGCAUUGACUUAUCACGACUAGGACAAAGAAAAGGAUUCUCUCACAAUGACAUACUGCAUGUGAAGGCAUUGUACUGCCCAGAUAGUGCUAGUCAGUGGAGUAGCUGGGGUAGCUGGUCUCAAUGUUCUCAGACCUGCAACGGUGGAAAAAGUGUACGGACUCGUGUAUGUGUGGGCGGUACUGACUGUGUUGGACAGAAUGUGGAUGAGAAAGCAUGUGAAGAAGCUUCAUGUCCUCAACCCCCUCAGUGGAGCUCAUGGGGUGCUUGGUCUGGUUGCUCAGCAACUUGUGGUACAGGCAGACGUACGAGGGUAAGAAGAUGCAUAGGUGGUAACAACUGUAUAGGAACAACUCAGGAGUAUGAGGACUGCAAACUAUCAACAUGCCCAGGAAAAGCAGUUUGGAGCUCUUGGGGCUCAUGGAGUGUGUGUAGCACGACUUGUCAAGGAGGCUUUCAGUACAGGACCAGGAGAUGUGUUAAUGGAACUCACAGAGAUUGUUCUUCAAUGGGAGCAUCGUCUGAGAACCAGCUGUGCAAUAUUGGUGUAAACUGCAGUGUGAUGACAGUGGAGAGGUGGAGUGAGUGCACUAAAAGUUGUGGUGGAGGGGUACAGUUCAUGAUAGGAAGUAAUGGUAGCAUGGUAUGGAGGCCAUGCAAUGAACAAAACUGUCAUAAUGAACCAUGUUUGAAAGGCAUAUCUCACAGAGGUUGUUACAACUUGCCUUCCGGCUCGCUUUUAUUUCUUGAAAGAUCUCAUCAGCUUCUAAUGGACUUACCAUACAACAGGACAGACCCUGUCACUAAAUGUUCUCAAGCAGCCCAUGAUAGAGGAUACAGACACUUUGCUGUAGCAUUAGGUCUCUGCUACAGUGCUGGUUUUAAUGAUGUAGACUAUUAUAAAACUGCAGGACAGUCGACUCUUUGUGAAAACGGAGUUGGAAAUUAUUUCGGAGCUUUUGCAAUUGAUGUAUACGAGAUCAGUGACGAAUCGUUGUAUGCUGAAUCAGUAUCGAAGAUUAAUGAGUGUGGGCAAGAUUAUUGUAUGAGUAAUGAUACUUACAUAAGGGAGUGUUCUGAUUCAGUUGCAAGUUCAGGAUCUCAGACUAAACUACAAAAUGGAUUAAUUCCUUUAUUAUUACUAUUGCUAUUAUUAGCAUCAUUCUAUUAAGGCAGCACAUUCACCAUUACUAGAGUUUAUUUAUUUCUUAUUGUGAUUAUCACUAUUUAUCAGCUUUAUUGGCUUUAAUUAAUUAA